UUUAUUCAUAGAGCUUAUCGUAGUAACACUCUGAAACACAAGACUUUCUACGAAUCGAUGCUGCCGCUCAUCUCCCCCGUUCUGCUGUUUAUACUCUCAACCCUCUGGAUCUUCGCCUCCCCCAACCAGAUCCUGGAGGGUCAUCCUCGACUCUUCUACUUCAUGGUGGGGACGACGUUUGCGAAUAUUACAUGCCAGCUGAUUGUGUGCCAGAUGAGUAACACCAGAUGCCAGCCUCUAAGCUGGCUCCUCUUCCCCCUGGCACUAGUGGUGCUGGUCGUGGUCUCCGGGUUCGGCAGUGAGAUAGAAGCUUUGCUCUUGGUUCUGAUGACGGCGCUUGUGACGUUUGCACACUUACACUACGGAAUAAGAGUGGUUGACCAGUUGAGUAAACACUUCAACAUUUUGCCUUUCUCGCUUCAAAAACCCAACACUGACUGA